AUGUGGAUGUUUAUGUUAAUAAUGAUGGUAUUUACAAGAACGAGGGCUGAAGAAGAUUCUAGAGUAUCAACAAAUCAGUUGGUGGUCGAGGGAAGUGCAUCCACUAGAGUGCCGAUCAAGAACCGUAGACGCAAGUCUAAAGACAUUACAACUACUGAUUCACCUGCAGAACCACGUGUAGAUCCACAUGUAGAACAAUCAACAGAACAACAUGCCAAUCCCCCAAAGAGGCGUGGUCCAAGUAUAAAUCAUAGCGUUACCAAGUAUUUACAGAAUAUGCUAGAGGGUUUCAAAAUUCCUUUGACACUGGAUAAGGCCACAAAAGCCUUCAUUGGGACUUCAGUAACCGAUUUUGCAACCGAGUUAGGAAUAAUUGUUCGCGAUGUCUUCCCGAUGAGAUUUCACAAAUGGGAUUCGGUACCGGAAGAUGUGAAAACUCUAAUGUAUGAGAAAUUAGAAGGAAAAUUCGAGCUGCUGCACACAGAUAACGUUUUAAUGGAGUAUGUAAAUAGUCGACUACAUAUCCAAUGGAAACGCAGCAGGGGUGUUUUGAGUCAGCAUUGGAAGAACAAUGGAGGAAAAACGAAUCCAAGGUUGGCAAGAUCUAAUAUGCAUGGUGAUUGUCGGAAUCAAGACGAUUGGAAUCAUCUAUGCGACUAUUCGGAGUCAGAAAAAACCAGGUUAUGUUCUUAUUUUUUCGGGUUCUGA